UUUGUUUGGCGUAGAAACUCCCAAAUGGGUCUGCCCAAUACACCUCUCUCUCUCUUUUUUAUGUCUCUCGUGCUUUCAGUGUUCUUUCCCUGUGUUACAAGCGCUGUAGACUACACAAGCUUGGUUUUCAAGGGCUGUGCAGAGCAAGAAUUCCAAGCCCCGACUGGGAAUAUUUACUCACAAAACCUCAAGGCCCUUUUGUCUUCUUUGGUUUCACAAUCUUCACAAAAAACUUUCUUUGCCACCACCACCACCACAACCUCAGGUGAAGAUCAUCAAAAUAACAUUACAGGUCUAUUUCAAUGCAGAGGGGACCUCACGCUACCCGAGUGCUACAGCUGUGUGAGCAAGAUAUCAGAUACGGCUGAAAAGCUCUGUGGCAAAGCUAUAGCAGCUAGGAUUCAACUCAACGGGUGCUACCUGCGGUACGAGGUUGUUGGGUUCAAACAAGUUUCUGAUACUGAAUUGUUGUACAAGGUUUGUGGAUCAACCAAAGCAAGUGAAACUGGGUUUGAGCAAAAGCGAGACAAGGCUUUGAAUAUGGUAGAGAGUGGGGUUAAGAGCAGUGGAGCUGGUGCUGGAGGUUUGUUUUACACAGGCAGAUAUGAGUCAGUGUAUGUGCUGGGGCAGUGUGAGGGCGAUUUGGGCAGUGAUGAUUGUGGGGAUUGUGUGAAGAGUGCAGUGGAGAGGGCCAAAGCUGACUGUGAUGAUUCUACCUCUGGGCAAGUGUAUCUCCAGAAAUGCUAUCUUAACUAUUACCCAAAUGGUGUCCCAAGCGUAACUUCAUCAUCAGGAAGUGCGCAAGGACAUACUCAGAGGACAGUAGCUCUUGCAGUAGGAGGUUUGGCAGCUUUUGGCUUUGUUAUAGUUUGUUUCCUGUUUGCUAGAUCAGUGAUCAAGAAACGAGGUGGUAAGAUUGGAGGCUGAGUUUCGUCAUUGCUAAUUUAUUACCUUCAGUAUUCCUGGAUCUUACCGGCCUGCACAUAUAUGUGUGUGCAUAGUUUGGACGUACGUGGAGAAUUAUGUAAUUUUGUGAAAUUAUUGAGUAGGGUAAGAUGAGUGUCGAAAUACAAUUUACCCAAAUAAAAAGGGUUGG